AUGAAGUACACUCUCGCCACCGUCGCCGCUCUCGCUGGUGUCGCCUCUGCCGCCCACGAGGAUGGCACCUUUGCCGUCCUGCGCUUCACCAACAAGCAGCUCACCAAGGGUCGCAUGGAUCCCAUCUUGUUCCCUGGUCAGACUUCCACCCACGUCCACACCAUCAUGGGCGGCAGCGCCUUCGGCAAGAGCUCAACCGGAAAGGACCUCGCUGGUUCCAAGUGUAGCAACGCUCUUGUCAAGGGUGACAACAGUAACUACUGGUUCCCCUCGCUCUACUUCCGCGACCCCAAGACUGAGAAGUUCGAGUCGGUUGAGUUUGACUACUUCAACGCCUACUACUUUCUCAGCUUCGAAAAGACUCAUGACGACAUCAAGCCUUUCCCCGUCGGUCUUCAGAUAGUUGCGGGUAAUAGUAUGACCCGCACUAUGCCCAAGACCGGCGCCAAGGCCAACCUCGACCCUUCCAAGGGACCUGUGAACGCUGCCAGAAUCACCUGCCCUCGUCUUGACAACAUUUUCGUGCCUCCAUCCUGGGACCCCAACUCUGAUGGCACCACGGCUGGUGUCGGUGACCCCAACAACCUGGGUGAGGGUGUGGGUUUCCCUGACAGGACUUGCGAUGGCAAGUACUCGCCUCUGCGGGCUGACGUUCACUUCCCGUCCUGCUACAACCCCGAUGCCGGCCUCACCGACUUCAAGAACAACAUGGCCUACCCCGAGGACAACGACGGAUAUCUGGACUGCCCCAAGGGCUGGAUUCAUGUGCCUCACCUCUUUUAUGAGUCUUACUGGCACACCGAGAAGUUCGCCGGCCGCUGGGAGGAGGGCAAGGGCGAGCAGCCUUUUGUCUUCUCCAACGGUGAUGUCACUGGGUACAGCAACCACGCCGAUUUCAUGGCUGGCUGGGACGAGGACCUUCUGCAGCACAUCAUUGAUACCUGCAACACUGGUACCAAUGGUAUGGACAACUGCCCCGGCCUCACCUACGGCCUGAACAAGGGCGACUGCACCAUCGAGUCCGAGGUCGAUGAGGAGGUUGACGGUACCCUGAGCAAGCUGCCCGGAAACAACCCUCUUAGUGGAUGGGCGUACGGUGACAGCGUCAGCCAGGGAUCUCCCUCAGCCGGUGAUGAUGACAACAGCUCUUCCAAGACCCCCGUCGCCUCUGCUACCAAGCCUGCUUCAGAUGACAAAACGACCGCUCCCGAGGUUCCCAGCGCCACUGGUGCCGGGUCCUCCGCCACCGUCGCCGCCGCCGAUGAGGAGUCUACCUACGCCCCCAAGCAGCCGACCGAGGUUCCCGAGACUGUUCCUACUUCUCAGGCUGUCGUUGAGUCUGAAGCUCCCACCGCUCCCACCGACGCCCCCAAGCCCACCAACGUGUUUGGAAAGCCUGGCAAGGGCAAGAAGUGCAGGCCCAGGAUUCACACCGUCUGGAACACCGUCACCGUCACCCAGACCUCCAGCGCCCCUGAGCAGACUGCACCUGUCUACAAGAGGGAUCACAUGCGACGACAUGCCCACAACCACGGCAGCGGCCGCAACCAUCUCCGCCGCCGCAGCCACCGUCACUAA